CCGUCCGAUCGAAUUCCACGUCAUCAAUCCGCAUGAUUCCUCUUUUCAACGGCUCAGAUCAAGUUGCAGAGCUACUGGUACAACGAACGAAGAAGCUCCUCUCUUCCCUUCUUUCUUCCUCUCCAAUUUCUGACUUCAAUUUCUUUUCCUGGAAAAAUAUAUUUUCUCGAGAAAGUUUCUAUACUUCCCUUUGACUUUGUUUUGCCUUUGAACAUCAAAAUCAUGGAGCAAGAAGGAGAAAUUUUCGAAGAGGAGAAGGAAAUUAGAGUUUUCAGUGCAGAAAAAACAGACGACGACUGUGAAACAGAGGAAGGUGUAGAAUCUAAAGAGGAAGAGGAAGAAGAAGAUGGCGACGAGGACGACGACGGUGACGAAGAUGACGACGACGAAGACGACGAAGAAGAUGAUGAGGGGGGCGAGGACGACGAAGACGACGAGGUUCAGGUCUUACAAUCCUCCAGAGGGCCACCGGUUCAGUCGGCGGAUGACGACGAGGACGACGAGGACGAGGAUGACGAUGAAGAUGACGAUGGUGAAGGCGGCGACGACGAUGACGACGACGACGACGACGACGAGGAAAACGAUGACGAGGAUGAAGACGGUGAAGAAGAGGAUAUGGGAACGGAAUACCUGGUUCAACCAGUAGGUCGCGCUGAAGACGAGGAGGAUGCCAGUGAUUUUGAACCAGAAGAGAAUGGUGAAGAUGAAGAUGCUGAUGAGGAAGAUGAAGAUGAUGAUGAUGAGGGUGCUGGGAAGGUUGAGGCUCUAUUGAAGAGGAAGAGAUCAGAUAAAGAUGACUCAGAUGACUCAGAUGAUGAUGGUGAUGGUGGAGAGGAUGAUGAGAGACCAUCCAAGAGAUAGGGCUGGGGCCCAUCUUGGAAUGAGGACUGACCAUUAAAGUAUGGGUCAAUCUCUUUAUCCCCCAAUCUUGAACCAUGUCAUCUUUGUAGAAAGAAGAAGGAUAGGGAUGGUUUUGGUAUUUACAUGUUUUGAAUCCUGUAUCAUCAAUUGGUAGUACUUUUAGGAUUAUAUGUUUAAUUUGGUAAUGCAUAGUUCUGUGGGAGUGGGUGGGUUUGAAUAACUAUUUAAAACUGUUGGUUUUAGACAUUGUUUUUUGUAAGUUAUGAUCUGUAGCCUUUGAAUACUCCAAAAUCUUUAGGGUCGAUUGCAGUUGCAGGUUUCA